AUGGCUUUAGCAGUACUCGGGAAGACUUUUAUAAUUGCCGUGUUUACAAUUUUGGGGAGCUGGACAUCUCAAGCCACGUCCCGAGCAUUGCAAGAAGCGUCCAUGGCUGAGAAAUACUCGCAAUGGCUGGCUCAAUAUAAUCGCAAUUAUUUAGACGAUACAGAGAAGGAAAGCCGCUUCGAGAUAUUCAAACAAAAUGCAGAAUUUAUAGAGAAAACCAACAGUGAAGGGAAUCGCACGUACAAGUUAAGUCUCAACGAAUUUGCAGACUUAUCAGCUGAAGAAUUCAUUGCCUCUCGUAGUGGAUUCAAGAUGACCAAUCUAUCAAGGUCCACCGGAACCACAUCGUUUACGCAUGAAAGCCUCACUGAUGUUAUUCCAACGACUGUGGAUUGGAGAGACCAGGGAGCUGUCACUGCGGUUAAGAACCAAGGACAAUGCGGAUGUUGUUGGGCAUUUUCAGCCGUGGCAGCGGUAGAGGGGAUCACCCAGAUCCAAACUGGCAAUUUGAUCUCCCUGUCUGAGCAGCAACUGUUGGACUGUUCAACAGUUUACAAUCAAGGCUGCGAUGGCGGCCUCAUGAAUUAUGCCUUUGACUAUAUAAUAAAAAACAAUGGAAUCACCCUUGAAACAAAUUACCCAUACGUGGCUACGCAAGGAAUUUGUGACGCCGAGAAAACAUCUCAAAGUGCUGCUGUGAUUACUGGUUUUACUGAUAUACCUGGCAUCAAUGAGAAGGAAUUAUUGCAGCACGUGGCCCGCCAACCAAUUUCAAUUGGCAUUGAUGGUGGCGACAGAGCCUUUAAUUUCUAUUCUAGCGGAGUAUUCAAUGGAGAGUGUGGGACGGUCAUAAACCAUGCUGUUACUGCAGUUGGGUUUGGAACCACCCCUGAUGGCAUCGAUUAUUGGUUAGUGAAGAACUCAUGGGGCGAGAACUGGGGUGAGAGUGGGUACAUGAGGAUACAGAGAGACCUCGGGCUUUGUGGGUUUGCCACACUAGCUUCCUAUCCAACUGCUUAG